AUGUCACAGAUAUCGUCGUCUCCAGGCGCAGACGUCAAACUAACUAGAGUGUUUUCAAGAACACCUUCCUCUUGGGACCCUCAAGAUGACCUUCUGCUGCGUCAUUUGAAAGAACAGCAAAAAUUAGGUUGGAAAGAGAUCGCGUCCCAUUUUGCUCAUAGAACUCCAAACGCGUGUCAGUUUAGAUGGAGAAGAUUAAGAUCUGGUUCUUUGAAGAAUAGUACAAAUAGUCCUACACCGACAAGUGGUGCCAAUACUCCAAACUCUAGUGGUGUUGCCGCUUCGAAUUCAAUUGCAGCUGUUUCAUCAAAUGAACAAGAUUCUUCUUCAAAUUCAGCUUCACCACCACCAGUUGCAUCUUCAGGACAACAUCUUGUCACCAAAUUCUCAUCAAUACCAAAUAAGAAUAACUCAUCCUCUCCCAAGUUGAAAGAAGCUAAAAAGACACAGCCUAUUAACGUUCCGGUUUAUAAUCAAUGGACUUUUCAUUCCUCGAAUUUAUCAUCUACAAAUUUGACAUCAUCGAAAACAAGUUCAAAUUUCAAAGAUUCUCCAGAUCCAUUAUCUUCAAGUUUAAUCUCUUUACAUUCAGAUUCUGAUGAUAUUGAAGAUGAUGAUGAAGACAGUGAUGAUAAGAUUAAUACAAGUGCAGUGUUAUUAGACUCAACAAUCACAAUAACGAAGGAUAACUCACCAAGCAAUUGGACAAUGGAGGAAGAUGAAUUGUUAAUAACAAGAAGAAGAAGAGCCCUAAGUUUUGCAGAGUUGAGUAUAUUAUUACCAAGUCGAACAGAAGAUGAGAUUUGGUCAAGAAUUGAUCAAUUAGAUAAAAAAACCAAGACAAAGAGAUCGAAUUCUUCAAGAUCUCAUAGUCAUCCUCAUCCAUUACAUACACCAUCUCAUCAAUCUCCAAAACCAAGCUCAUUCACAAGAUCAUAUUCUUCUUCAUCACAAACUUCAAUCUCAUCAAAUAAUCCAUUAUUAUCAUCAUCAACAUCCAAUUCAACUUCAAAUUUCUUUUUAACUCAAGAUUCAACAAGAUCGAAAUCAUUCUCCUACAUCACACCAUAUAUCCAAUCAACAGAUCGUUACAACCUGAGAAAAAACUCAAUAACGAAUUCAAUCCAAGAAUCAAGUCGAACUAGAUCAAAUUCUUUCCUUCAACAACCACAUCAACAAUCCACAACGACUCGUUCUUCAAUAAUUUCAAAUGAACGAUCUUUGAAAAGGGAUGAUUCGGUAUCAAGUACCGAUUUAGAUGAACAUGAUCAAGGACUUAAAAUUGAACCAAAAUUACCCCCGUUAGGCUCAAUAUUCAAUGACUUAUAUACAAGAUGA